UAUGCAUAAAAUAUGCAUCUAUUUUAAGAACCUUAUUUAUUACCCCGUCAUUCGAGCAUCCAACAGACAGUUAAUCAUUUUCAGCGUAGAGACUAUAAUUUUCAGUUUGGCAUUGUAUCUGGAUAACGGACAACUGUGAAAACAGAUAAUGUACAGAUCAGUGGGUUUAGCAUUGCUGGUCCUGGCCGGCAUUAUAAAUUCUGCCUCAGCAUGCUCUUGUGUACCUCGGCCUGAAAAGUACUUGUUCUGCAAGAAUGAUUUUGCUGUAGCGUUUCAGGUCAAGGACAGUGGUACAGUUGAAGGCGAAUUCAACGUUUAUCAGGUGGAUUUGCUCCACAUGUAUAGAACUGUGCCGUUUGAAAACUUAGAUACAGAUAGGAUAAUGACAGCAGGUGAUAAUCUCCCGUGUGGAGUUGCAUUUAUUCCAAAUGCAUUCUAUGUUAUCUCAGGAAAUUACAAUGUAACAUCUGGUCAGCCAACACGAAUGCAAGCCCAUUUCUGUGAGCUACUCCUAAUUUUUCCUAACGAUCCAAGGCUUACAUACACACCUCCUGAGUGUGAUACACCAGGGUCACAGAAUGGAUACUCUGGCGGGUAAUAUUAACCAUAAAUGAGCAGCCUAGAGGAUGAAAUUGAAUCGGUACAACACAUAAUUAACAUUUGAUGAUAAUGAUUCUUUAGCAGAAAAUAAAGCAAAUUUUAUAACUUUUACUGAAGAGGACGAUGUAUUAAAUGUUAAAUAUAUAAAGAUUAAAACAAUGUAGAAAAUGA